CAGCCGGGCGGGCAGCGGUGCACAUGGCAUGUCUGAUGGCGGCUUUCUCCCUGGGCAGCGCUUUGGGUGGCAGCAGCUCUGGUUGCACCAUGGCCGAGCCAAAGUCUGUGUGUGUUUCGGUGGACGAGGUGGUCUCCAAUGGCACAGACCCCCAGGACAUUCGACUCAUGAAUGGACACUUAAAAAAAGUGGACAAUGCCCUGACAGAAGCUCACAGGUUCUCCUACCUGCCCCGCAGGCCAGCUGUGAACAUUGAGUUCAAAGAACUGUCCUACUCCAUCCAGGAAGGGCCAUGGUGGAGAAAGAAAGGUUAUAAGACCCUUUUGAAAGGAAUUUCAGGGAAGUUCAGCAGUGGAGAACUCGUUGCAAUUAUGGGACCUUCAGGAGCUGGGAAGUCAACGCUUAUGAAUAUUCUGGCAGGAUACAGAGAGACGGGGAUGAAAGGAGAAAUCCUCAUCAACGGGCAGCCCCGCGACCUGCGCUCCUUCCGCAAAGUCUCCUGCUACAUCAUGCAGGAUGACAUGCUCCUCCCUCACCUCACUGUCCAGGAAGCUAUGAUGGUAUCUGCUCAUCUGAAACUUCAAGAGAAGGAUGAAGGGAGGAGAGAAAUGGUGAAGGAAAUCCUGACAGCCCUGGGUUUGCUGACGUGUGCCAACACAAGGACUGGGAGUCUUUCUGGAGGCCAGAGGAAGCGUCUUGCCAUUGCUUUGGAGCUGGUGAACAACCCUCCUGUCAUGUUCUUUGAUGAACCAACCAGUGGCUUGGACAGUGCAUCAUGUUUCCAGGUGGUCUCUCUGAUGAAGGCUUUGGCCCAGGGUGGCAGGUCCAUCAUCUGCACGAUUCACCAGCCCAGUGCAAAGCUGUUCGAGCUCUUUGACCAGCUCUAUGUUCUAAGUCAAGGUCAGUGCAUUUACCGUGGGAAGGUAACAAAUCUCGUCCCUUACCUGAGAGAUUUGGGGUUGAAUUGUCCAACCUACCACAACCCAGCAGAUUUUGUUAUGGAAGUGGCCUCUGGUGAGUACGGGGACCAGAACAGCCGCCUGGUCAGGGCUGUGAGGGAGAGGAUUUGUGACACAGACUACAAGAGAGACGUGGCUGGGGAGCACGAGCUGAACCCCUUCCUCUGGCACCGGCCCUCUGAAGAGGUAUUUUGGGCACCUCAGCUCAUGGGGCUGCAGCAGGACUCCUCCUCCACAGAAGGGUGCCACAGCUUCUCUGCCAGCUGCCUAACCCAGUUCUGCAUCCUCUUCAAAAGAACUUUCCUCACCAUCAUGAGGGACUCGGUCCUGACACACUUGCGGAUCACCUCACACAUUGGCAUUGGGCUGCUCAUUGGAUUGCUCUACCUGGGCAUUGGCAAUGAAGCCAAGAAAGUCCUCAGCAACUCGGGAUUCCUCUUUUUUUCCAUGUUGUUCCUCAUGUUUGCUGCGCUCAUGCCGACUGUCCUCACCUUUCCCCUCGAGAUGGGAGUAUUUCUCAGAGAGCAUCUGAACUACUGGUACAGCCUGAAAGCCUAUUACCUCGCCAAAACCAUGGCUGAUGUUCCUUUUCAGAUCAUGUUCCCUGUGGCUUACUGCAGCAUCGUGUACUGGAUGACUUCCCAGCCCUCCGACGCGCUCCGCUUCGUCCUCUUCGCAGCCCUGGGCACCAUGACAUCCCUGGUGGCUCAGUCCCUGGGCCUGCUCAUAGGUGCAGCCUCCACAUCCCUCCAGGUGGCAACUUUUGUGGGCCCAGUUACUGCCAUCCCAGUCCUUCUUUUCUCUGGGUUUUUUGUCAGCUUUGAUACCAUCCCAACAUACCUCCAAUGGAUGUCCUACAUUUCCUAUGUCAGAUAUGGGUUCGAAGGAGUCAUCCUCUCCAUCUAUGGACUGGACCGAGAAGAUCUGCAUUGUGACAAAGAUGACACCUGCCACUUUCAAAAAUCAGAGGCCAUCCUGAAAGAACUGGAUGUAGAAAAUGCCAAACUUUACCUGGACUUCAUUGUUCUUGGGAUUUUCUUCUUCUCUCUGCGCCUGAUUGCCUAUUUUGUCCUCAGAUACAAAAUCCGAGCGGAGAGGUAAAGGAAAAGCAGCUAAGCCAAUGCAGUAGGAGAACUUUAGACAUGCAAUAGAGGGCACUUGACAUUGUCUCACUGUGGCAGGCUGGGCCCCAGUGCCCAGCCAGAUGCUGACCGAGCCCAUGGAGAGCCACAA